ACUGCCGGCAGCCGCGCAUGCUCAGCGAUCCAGUGCCGUCGGCUUGGUCGUUGCCUCAGUGCCGGCACCCGCGCAAGCUCGUUCGUUAGCGCCGGCGCCUCGCUGAUCUCUGCCGGCACACGCGCAUGCUGGUCCGUCAGUGCCGGCACCCGCGCAUGCUCCUUAGCCGUAGGUCCCGAGCGGAGGUUUCAAACGACGCCAGUCGCCAGCAGUGUCUGACUGACCGGCGGCCGCGGCUUCUCCUCAUGGCUUUCUGCACCUUCGUCGGCGGGGAGCUCUACAAGGCCCACUUUGAACCCGGUAUAUAUGCCUGUUCAAAGUGUGGACAUGAAUUGUUUUCAAGUCAGGCUAAAUAUGAACAUUCUUCACCGUGGCCUGCUUUUACCAAGACCAUUCAUCCAGAUAGUGUGUCCAAAAGAAAAGAUGGCAAUCAUGCACUAAAGGUUUCUUGUGGAAAGUGUGGGAAUGGCCUUGGUCACGAAUUCCUCGACGAUGGGCCCAAAGCAGGCCAGUCCCGUUUCUGAAUAUUCAGCAACUCGUUGAAGUUUGUCCCUGAGAGUCAAAGGAACUCUAGUGGAUAAAUGAUACGAGCUUGGAACUGGCUUUUUAUCGGUUGGAAGUUGCAGUUUGCCUGAAAAUGCCAUGCAACUCAGCAUUAGAUCUCUUGGAAUACUCCAACAAAGGCUUCCAUAUAUCUGUAUUUUUGUUGGUUAGUCAUUACAUGAAGUUUUCUGGAUAAACCUUCUUGAAUGUCCUGGAAAUAGAAACUUGCAUGAUUAUCCUGACAAAAAUACUCGCUCAGUCUUAAGAUAAUUGUAAAAGCUUGCAGUCAGAUCACUUUAUUUUUGAUGAUAUCAGUCGAAACAAGCAUGGAAUUUGCACUAGAAAACCGUUUAAUCUUUUGUAGGAAUUAAGCGGGUCAGGCACCAAUUGCAGAAGGAAUGGACAUGUGACGUUUCAGACUCUGAAGAAGGGUCCAAACCCGAAACGUCGCCGAUCCCUGUCCUUCAGAGAUGGUGCCUAAACUGUUGUUAAUCCAGUACUUAAUGUUUUGCUCAAGGUUUCAGCAUCAGCCGUUUCUUGUAUCUCAGUCUUAAUCUUUUGUUCAAAUCCAUUUUGAGUCACACAGGUAUGUCAAGAAAAGGUCAUAUUUUACUGUGACUAUCAGUUAAAGAAAACUACUUGUAAUCUUGAGCAAACUGUGCCUGUGUGAUAUUAAAUGUUGCAAAGCAUACAAAAUACCACAAUCACAUACUUCAAUCUAUCAUUGGUGUGUGUGUGUAUCGUAAGAUAUGCAUUUGGUAGGACCAAAGGAAACUCGUAAUUCUCAGUAAUUGAGAGGGGAGCAUGAUUCUGCAUUGAUCUGGGUGUGGUGGCUAAACUUGAUAUCAUUUCUCAAUCAAGCAAGAAUAAGGAGGAGUAAUUGGAUUAGACUGAUUGAUGGCAUUUGCAACCUGAUCUCAAAAGAGUUAUCAGUUUGCCCACAAUUAGUCAUCGGGUAUUAUUUGCGUUUCAGGUGCCUCGUGAAAUUUCUUUCUUCCUGAUUUCACAAUCUCCCUCCCAAGCUAUUUUACAUCAAUGUACAAAAUAAACACUGAAUGGUUGUGCUCUGAGUUUAAGUUUUAAAACAAUUGGGAGGUGGGAAUUGUGUCUGCUUGUGUGAGAGGGAUUGAGCAAUUAGAAGCUGAGGCUUUUCACUGAUCCUUUGAGCACCGUGUAUUUCCUUGGAUUAAAAUGGUUAUAUUUUAAAGGCAUAAUGUACUAUGUAAUUUUCAAAAAUAAAAUUAUUUUGAAUCUUA